AUGUUCGGAAAACGCUCUUCAAAGGAUCGUUCGGGCAAGAUUACCAAACAGCCGAAGAGGUCGUUUCGCGACGACUCCCGACAGAAACAGCGCAUCGUCGACAAGAUGGAGUCCGUCCGUAUGGACAGUCCGAUGAUGGAGCAGGUGUCGCCUAGCCUCACCUCUGCCAUUGUCACGAUUGUCAUCGGUCCGGACCAGCGCCUUUUUGCUGCACACGAAGACGUCCUUUGCCAUUCCCCGUACUUCGCAGAAGCGUUGCGGGGCCAGUUCUUCGAGAGCACAAACCGGCGCAUCGACCUGCCAACGGAGGAACCCGAAGUCUUUUCCUGCAUCCUCGAGUAUCUUUACAAGGGAGACUACUACCCGCGCUUGGUCCACGACAAGCGCCGCCAGACCUGGAUGCUCGAAGGUGCAGUGUCAAGCCCGGACCCAAACAAAGGCGACCGCGUGGCCGCCGUCGAGCCAACCUUCUACCACGCCGGCGUAGGCGACAUCAUUCUCCGUGACACAGCCGUGUACUGCGCUGCUGAUCGGUAUGGCCUCGAAGAGCUCAAGAAGCUCUCCCCUGCGCAAGCAGGGCCUGCAGAGCGGGAUCGAGGUCGGCACCAUCCUGCGUAG